UGUUGUGGUCCUCUGCGUGUGACGGUGUGAUUCAUGGCGGUGGCGGUAUCUCCGACCCGAUUUUGAACUGUUAAAGCUCUUCCCAUUAAUAAUCUCCCCAAGGGUAACGUGCCUCAGGCGACCCCACCGAAGAGCGGGUGCUAGGGAGGCGAAGCUCUGAAGAUGGAGAAUGGACAGAGCACGGCCUCAAAGCUCGGCCUGCCUCCUCUAACCCCCGAGCAGCAGGAGGCGCUGCAGAAGGCAAAGAAGUAUGCUAUGGAGCAGAGCAUAAAGAGCGUGCUGGUGAAACAGACCAUCGCGCACCAGCAGCAGCAGCUCACCAACCUGCAGAUGGCAGCAGUGACAAUGGGCUUUGGAGAUCCUCUCUCACCUUUACAAUCGGUGGCAGCCCAGCGGCAACGCGCACUCGCCAUCAUGUGCCGGGUGUACGUGGGCUCCAUUUACUACGAGCUGGGGGAGGACACCAUCCGGCAGGCCUUUGCACCUUUUGGCCCCAUCAAGAGCAUUGACAUGUCCUGGGACUCGGUUACAAUGAAGCACAAGGGCUUUGCUUUUGUGGAGUAUGAGGUGCCAGAGGCUGCCCAGCUUGCCUUGGAGCAGAUGAACUCUGUCAUGCUGGGAGGGAGGAAUAUCAAGGUGGGGCGGCCAAGUAACAUCGGCCAGGCGCAGCCCAUCAUCGACCAGCUGGCAGAGGAGGCGCGUGCCUUUAACCGGAUCUACGUGGCAUCCGUACACCCCGACCUCUCGGACGACGACAUCAAGAGUGUCUUUGAGGCCUUUGGCAAGAUCAAGUCCUGCACAUUGGCCAGAGACCCCACAACAGGGAAGCACAAGAGCUACGGCUUUAUCGAGUACGACAAGGCGCAGUCGUCGCAGGACGCGGUCUCCUCAAUGAACCUGUUUGACUUGGGAGGCCAGUACCUGCGGGUGGGAAAGGCGGUGACGCCUCCGAUGCCCCUGCUCACCCCCACCACUCCGGGUGGCCUGCCCCCCGCCGCUGCCGUGGCUGCAGCUGCAGCCACCGCCAAAAUCACUGCCCAGGAAGCGGUAGCAGGAGCCUCAGUCCUGGGGGCGCUGGCCUCACCAGCCCUGUCCCUCGGCCAGCAGCUCAGCCUCCCUCAGGCCGUCAUGGCUGCCCAGGCGCCCGGCGUCAUCACAGGCGUGACGCCAGCACGGCCGACCCUCCCUGUGCUGCCCCAGGUGGGGCUGGUGAACCCGGUGCUGGCCUCCCCACCGGUGCUGGCCACGGCAGCUGCCGCGGUGCCACAGGAGACAAAGGAGGAGGAGGAGGAGGAGGUGUUGGCCGACGGCACGGGGCAGGAGAUGCUGAGCGAGCAGGAGCACAUGAGCAUCUCGGGCAGCAGCGCCCGGCACAUGGUCAUGCAGAAGCUGCUGAGGAAACAGGAGUCAACAGUGAUGGUCCUACGGAACAUGGUCGGCCCAGAGGACAUCGAUGACGACCUGGAGGGUGAGGUGACGGAGGAGUGCGGCAAGUUUGGCGCCGUCAACCGCGUCAUCAUCUACCAGGAGAAGCAGGGCGAGGAGGAGGAUGCCGAGAUAAUAGUGAAGAUCUUUGUAGAGUUUUCCGCGGCCUCUGAGAUGAACAAGGCUAUCCAGGCGCUUAACAACCGUUGGUUUGCUGGUCGCAAGGUCAUUGCAGAGGUGUACGACCAGGAGCGAUUCGACAACAGUGACCUCUCUGCAUAGACUGUCUGAGCCCCCCACCCCUACCCCGUCUGUAUCCUGUGCUCAAACUCACACAGCUGACAUGAAUGCUGAUAGUGAUUUGGGCCACUCUUUUAAACCUGUAAUUAUUUUUUAUUAAUGUUGAUAUUAAUAUUAUUGAUGGUCCAUUUGGGGGAUUUGCAAAA